GCGAAGAUUGGCGAAGAUGGUGAAACGCGAAAAGACAGACGUGCACUUUUAAUGGUCCGAUGUCUAAAUUAACAGUGAAUAAUAAUUGCGUACGCGGCGGUUAAUAUGAGCGGACAGUCGCGCGUAAUCAGUAUAGUGUAGAAAUACGAAAUCAUCGUGGCGCACAUCAGCUGUGGAUUUCGCGGUUUGCGAAGGUACGCAGAGAGAGAGCAGGAUGUGCGCUUUGUUUAUGGAGAUCAGCUGUGCUCCUAAACACAUCGCGUCAUUCUUCCUGCUACUACGUGUGCUCUCGCCCAUCAGCGAGCGACACUGCUAUUUUCGUCAUAUAAAGAUGCUUGUGAAGCAACCAUUGACUGGUAGCUAAAUAAAUUUUAUGACAUGAAAGAAUGAAACGAGAAACUGUCAUUACCUGUGUGGAGCCAAACCGACGUGCGGAAACGAUGACAAUGGUACUUGACGGUAGCUACCAACGCAUGCACCCUUACGAGGGACAGGGCGAGGAAGCGGACGAUGAAGAUGAUCGCGAGGAGACACCGCAGGAAUCGGGUGUGAUAAUCCACGUGGUACCGGAGGGGAACAAAGCGCGAUGGAAUCACAUCGAAGAUCUGGACUCAUUCUUCACGAGAAUGUAUCGCUAUCACCAGCAACACGGCUUUGUCUGCAUGAUGUUGCAAGAAGUUUUGGAACUAAUGCAAUUUUUUUUCGUAGUCACAUUCGUUACUUUCCUCUUUUACUGCAUCGAUUACAGCAAAUUAUAUAAUGGUGGAGAUGCCAACGAUACCAGUCAUAAAAGUGACGCUAUAAUGUGCAUGGGAGAUUGUAUAAAAUCGAUUUCUGUGUUGUAUUGGAGUCUUCUUGUAGUCGCGGCAAUCUUUUUUAUUCUCCAAUUCUUCAAAGUUUUGUACCACAUGACCCAAUACUGGGAGAUCAAAAUGUUCUUCAAUACGGCGCUCAAAAUUGCCGACAAUGAGCUAGACAAUUUUACCUGGCACGAGAUUCAAAAGCGAGUGAUAGAAGUGCAGAAAGAGCAGGAAAUGUGUAUUCACAAAAGAGAACUCACAGAACUAGAUAUAUACCAUAGAAUAUUAAGACAUAAAAACUACAUGGUGGCUAUGAUCAACAAAAAUCUCUUACCUCUGCGACUGAAACUUCCCAUGAUAGGGGAAGUCAUUUUCUUGACACGAGGACUGAAAUACAACAUAGAAUUACUAUUGUUUUGGGGGCCAUGGUCGCCAUUUGAAAACAAUUGGCAUCUAAAGGAAGACUAUAAAAAACUGAAUAAGAGGCAAGAACUUGCACGAUUAUUGUCCAAGCACAUUUUAUGGGUCGGUGUUGCAAACUUUGUCUUAUGUUUUCUUAUUCUUCUGUGGCAGGUUCUUUAUACAUUUUUUAAUUACGCUGAGACUAUCAAACGAGAGCCAAGCGUUCUGGCGAUGCGAACGUGGUCCUUGUAUGGCCGGCUGUAUCUACGUCAUUUCAACGAGCUUGACCACGAAUUGAACGCGCGUCUCAGUCGCGCGUAUCGUCCCGCAUCAAAGUACAUGAGCAGCUUCACGUCUCCGAUAAUGACAGUGGUUGCAAAGCAUAUUGCGUUCAUUACCGGUAGUGCAGUGGCGGUAUUGUUGGUUAUAACGUUAAUUUAUGAGCCGACGUUCUCGAUGGAACGUGUGGUUGCGCUGAUGACCAUACUGGGCGCGGUGGCGGCGGCCGCGAAGGCGAUCGUGCCCGAUGAGAAUCUGGUCUGGUGUCCCGAGACUCUUCUAACCGCGGUACUGGCUCACACGCAUUACAGACCGGACAGUUGGCGCGGUACCGCCCAUACGCAGACCACCAGGUCGCAAGUAGCGCAGCUGUUCCAAUAUCGCGCGGUGCAUCUCUUAGAAGAACUGAUCUCUCCGUUCGUGACAACGUACAUUUUGUGCUUCCGUAUGAGACACCGGUCCUUGGAGAUUGUAGAUUUUUUUCGUAACUUUACUAUUGAGGUCGCCGGGGUCGGCGACGUGUGCAGCUUCGCCCAGAUGGAUGUGCGGAAACACGGCAAUCCCAUGUGGCAAACUGUAGCGCAUAGUCCCACAGUCUCGCUACUGCCGGAGGAUCGUACUGCGGGUUACGACAAUCAGUUCGGCGUCGAUCCGAAUAAGUACCAGAUGCCGAUGUCGAAUUAUUACACCCAGGCCGAAGACGGCAAAACCGAGUUGUCCCUCAUACACUUCACCCUAACGAAUCCCGAAUGGAAGCCGCCAUCCCACGCGGAGAAUUUUGUCACCGCUUUGAGAGAAAGGGCUAAGAAGGAAGUGAACACGGAUCCUGAUCCGUGUAAUAAUCCUCUGAUAGCUAGCUUAAAUAGCUUGUCCGGUCUUGGUUAUAAGGAACAUGUAUCAAACAUUAUUCGAAGCACGAUAAAUCAAAUGAGUGUGUCCAGCAUGAGUAACAUUUUCACAAAUCAGCCAGGCACGUCGGCCACAUCGGUCGGUGUCGAUCAGUCUUUCGGCACAAAAUCUAUACGUCGAGGUGUAACUAGGACGGAGGGUCCAUUGCACAAUGAGAGAGGAUUCCUGUUUGAUUUGCAGCAAGGUGUAUCGAAUCAAUCGCUGGGUGCUUCUGUAUUUGGAUCGGGUAUAGGUACCAGUUGUGGCAUGGAAAUGCACACUGAUCUAUCCGUACCUACGGAAUUAACUGCUGCCGACAUGUCUUUGUCUACAUUGUACCUGCACGAGCUUCAUCAUAGACAAGUAAGAAGAAGAGGUUACCAGGAAACGGCAACAAGAAGUAUAUGGCAGCGAAGUCCGGCUCAGGAGUUAGCGACGCUACCCGAAGUUAGACAAGAGAGAGUGCCACUCUUGUUACAUCAAGAUUCUUCUCUAAGAAAAACCAGAGAAUCCUAACGUUACGCUUGAAAGUUUAUUUGAAUAACGUCCGAAUUCGCGCAAUAACCAUCUCUUUUAGCGGAAUAAAGUGAUUUGUAUCUAUUUUA